UAACUAAAAAGGAGUGCUUAAAAGAGUAUUGUCUAAGUUGGCACCAGAGUUGGGGAGUUUUAAGAGGUUUAGAAGCCUGGCCAUCAAUACACACAACAGUUAUGGAGGCAAGGGAAACAGGCCCUUGAAAAGAAGGUAAUGUGGAGUGGGUAGCCUCCAUAUUAAUUAAGAAGGGGAUGGACUUACCCUCCACUGUGAGAGUUACCCAGAGCGUCUGUGAUGGUCCUAUAGGCUUCCGAGGUGAUCGGGCAGCGUCAGUCUUCAGCCGCUAAGCCGGGAAGGUCUGGGAAGGAGUCAGUCAGAGAGCCUUGGGCCAGAGUUCCAGGGGCUCUGGGAGUGGCUGCCAGGGAAGGCCUCCUGACCACAACCAUUUCAUCUGUCACAGUACAGAAUAGGAAGUAUGGGUCAGGCAUCAGAAGAUGUGAAUUCUGGCUCUGCCUUUUCAGAGAUGGCCCUGCCUAGUUCCUUGGAAUAAAUGACGAUGUCUUCCCCAGCCUCAGUUUCCUACACUAUAUAAAAAGAGAAAGCAACAUCUCGGUAAAAGACAAUUGCAUUGAACUCUUAAGAAAAUUGGACUCCAGUCCCGGCUCCACCUUUACUUCCCUGGGCCUUGGUUUUCCCACCACACAGGAGUUUGAACACUUUGAUUUCUGAAGUCCUUCCCACCUCUGGGGUUCCAAUAUUCUGCUCCUUUUCUCCUCUUCCUCCUCCUCUUCCUCCUCCCCCUCCUCUUUCUCCUCCUGCUCAUCUGGGGUUAGGGAGAUUGCGUGUAUGUGUGUGCAUGUGUGUACACAUGCAUGUAUGUGUGUGCACGUAGUGGCAGCAAGGAAGGGGAAGGAAGGAGUCCUGCAGGGGUUGGUGGUAGCAGUUGGGAGAAAAGGAGGCAGGACUGUAUGUGCCAGCAGGGCUCAGAGUUUUCUCACCAACUAAUGGUGCUUGGGGCAGUUUAAUCAUUAAAGGAAAGGAAUGAAGCCAGGAGCGCCUCAAAGUCCAGCCUGCUGUUGACCAACACUAACAGAUGAGCAAGGAGCUGGCAGCAAUGGGGCCUGGAGCUUCAGGGGACGGGGUCAGGACUGAGACAGCUCCACACAUAGCACUGGACUCCAGAGUUGGUCUGCACGCCUACGACAUCAGUGUGGUGGUCAUCUACUUUGUCUUCGUCAUUGCUGUGGGGAUCUGGUCGUCCAUCCGUGCAAGUCGAGGGACCAUUGGCGGCUAUUUCCUGGCCGGGAGGUCCAUGAGCUGGUGGCCAAUUGGAGCAUCUCUGAUGUCCAGCAAUGUGGGCAGUGGCUUGUUCAUCGGCCUGGCUGGGACAGGGGCUGCCGGAGGCCUUGCCGUGGGUGGCUUCGAGUGGAACGCAACCUGGCUGCUCCUGGCCCUUGGCUGGGUCUUCGUCCCUGUGUACAUCGCAGCAGGUGUGGUCACAAUGCCACAGUACCUGAAGAAGCGAUUUGGGGGCCAGAGGAUCCAGGUGUACAUGUCUGUCCUGUCUCUCAUCCUCUACAUCUUCACCAAGAUCUCGACUGACAUCUUCUCUGGAGCCCUCUUCAUCCAGAUGGCAUUGGGCUGGAACCUGUACCUCUCCACAGGGAUCCUGCUGGUGGUGACUGCCGUCUACACCAUUGCAGGGGGCCUCACGGCCGUGAUCUACACAGAUGCUCUGCAGACGGUGAUCAUGGUAGGGGGAGCCCUGGUCCUCAUGUUUCUGGGCUUUCAGGACGUGGGCUGGUACCCAGGCCUGGAGCAGCGGUACAGGCAGGCCAUCCCUAAUGUCACAGUCCCCAACACCACCUGUCACCUCCCACGGCCCGAUGCUUUCCACAUGCUUCGGGACCCUGUGAGCGGGGACAUCCCUUGGCCAGGUCUCAUUUUCGGGCUCACAGUGCUGGCCACCUGGUGUUGGUGCACAGACCAGGUCAUUGUGCAGCGGUCUCUCUCGGCCAAGAGUCUGUCUCAUGCCAAGGGAGGCUCUGUGCUGGGGGGCUACCUGAAGAUCCUCCCCAUGUUCUUCAUCGUCAUGCCUGGCAUGAUCAGCCGGGCCCUGUUCCCAGAUGAGGUGGGCUGCGUGGACCCUGAUGUCUGCCAAAGAAUCUGUGGGGCCCGAGUGGGAUGUUCCAACAUUGCCUACCCCAAGUUGGUCAUGGCCCUCAUGCCUGUUGGUCUGCGGGGGCUGAUGAUUGCCGUGAUCAUGGCCGCUCUCAUGAGCUCACUCACCUCCAUCUUCAACAGCAGCAGCACCCUGUUCGCCAUUGACGUGUGGCAGCGCUUCCGCAGGAAGGCAACAGAGCAGGAGCUGAUGGUGGUGGGCAGAGUGUUUGUGGUGUUCCUGGUUGUCAUCAGCAUCCUCUGGAUCCCCAUCAUCCAAAGCUCCAACAGUGGGCAGCUCUUCGACUACAUCCAGGCUGUCACCAGUUACCUGGCCCCACCCAUCACCGCUCUCUUCCUGCUGGCCAUCUUCUGCAAGAGGGUCACAGAGCCCGGAGCUUUCUGGGGCCUCAUGUUUGGCCUGGGAGUGGGGCUUCUGCGCGUGAUCCUGGAGUUCUCAUACCCAGCGCCAGCCUGUGGGGAGGUGGACCAGAGGCCAGCAGUGCUGAAGGACUUCCACUACCUGUACUUUGCAAUCCUCCUCUGUGGGCUCACUGCCAUCGUCAUUGUCAUUGUCAGCCUCUGUACAACUCCCAUCCCUGAGGAACAGCUCACACGCCUCACAUGGUGGACUCGGAACUGCCCCCUCUCUGAGCUGGAGAAGGAGGCCCACGAGAGCACACCGGAGAUAUCCGAGAGGCCAGCCGGGGAGUGUCCUGCAGGAGGUGGAGUAGCAGAGAACUCGAGCCUGGGCCAGGAGCAGCCUGAAGCCCCAAGCAGGUCCUGGGGAAAGUUGCUCUGGAGCUGGUUCUGUGGGCUCUCUGGAACACCGGAGCAAGCCCUGAGCCCAGCAGAGAAGGCUGCACUAGAACAGAAGCUGACAAGCAUUGAGGAGGAGCCACUCUGGAGACAUGUCUGCAACAUCAAUGCUGUCCUUUUGCUGGCCAUCAACAUCUUCCUCUGGGGCUAUUUUGCGUGAUUCCACAGACCUGGCUUCAGUGUAGACAGAUUAAACAAAGCCCAAGCCUGUCAGCCACAGAAACAGGCUCUCCUCUUACUUUGCUGUCUAAACUGGAGACCACAGAAGUCAAGACUGCAAGCUCCCCUGAAGAGAAUCCAACUCAACCUGCACACUUGACAAGUGGAGAAACAGAAGCCCAGAGAGAGCACUGGGUUUGUUCAGGACCACCCAGAAGGUGUCACACGGGGUUUCCCCACUCUUUCUGAUAUAUUGCCUUACAGACCUACCUCAAACACACUGUUUCCACCCUCUUCUUGAAUGUAUUCAGUAGCCUUUACUGAAUGUGUGUCUUGAGAGUAGAAAAGUGGAGGAUACAAGAAAAGGAGCAGGAAGAAAUUUGCAAAAAUCCAAGAGCACCUUUGCUCCCCCUUAUCCUCCUUCCUCUUCCCCUUUCUGGUUCCCCUACCUCUCUAUCUUUCUAUUCUCACCAAUAAUCUAUUUGUUGCAUGAAUUUACCCAGGAGGGUCCUAUAUUUCCAUUGGUGGCUCCACAGUGGUGGCUGUCAGACCUGAAGGGGUGGAGAGCCAAGGGUGGACUUUAAGCAUGGUGACAGAUGGUAUUUUGGGCAGAAAGCUCUGGGACAAUGGACUAUCCAAAGCACUAUUUAAAUUCUGCCUCUUCCUACUCUCUAACCCAAAUAUGCACAAACUCUCUAUGGCCUUGAGAAGCAGUUGGAGAGACAUGACUUGUUAAAACCUCGAAGAAUCAAGACAUGUUACUCUGUAUUUAAGGGUAAGCCCCACAGCGGGAAGCACAAACAGCCUGGGGGCCACUGUGCCUGUGCUUCUCUGUCCUUCUCCCUUUGCUUGCCAUGAAUCCGCAUACCUUGGAAUACACUGUGACCCCAGUUAAGUGUUCCUUCGCCAGGAAGCUGCCGCAACGUCCAAACCUGGGUCAAGGUCCCACUCCUGCUCCCAUAGCCUUGACCUGCUUCUGUCACAGCACUGAUCACACCGAGAUGGAAGACUCCAGGGGGCAAGGACCAAGGGCCAUAUCCCAAGUGACUUUGUACCCAGAAAAUAACAGCUGUUCAAUAAAUGUGUAUUGAGUUAAUUAG